AUGGCUAAUAUGUUGAUAGAUACGGAUGCAUCUCAUUCAUUGAUAUCUACUGCAUUCGCAUCUGCAUUGGGGUUAGAGAUGGAACGACUAGCGUCUCCAUUUAGAGUUGAGUCACCAGUCGGGGGUAUAGUUGACUUAGAUCGGGGGUGUCGUGGUUUUGAGAUAGAGGUUGCCAGGCUUCAACUCCCAUUUGCUUUUGUAUUGCUAGACAUGUUGAGUUUUGAUGUCAUUCUAGGCAUGGAUCGGUUAUCUUCGUACCGAGCAAUGAUCGAUUGUUUUCGUCAGAGGGUUACAGUGUGCACCUCGAGUGGUGAUUGUUUUUACUUUCUAGGGGACCAGGUUAAUAGGGUCUUGUCGCCAGUUUUUGACCCUUGUAGUAGAAACGAGCUUAACGGCCUUCUUGCUACUCUCUUGGAUAGUGAGGGUGACGGGACUCGUGUUGAGUUGCCAAGGGUAGUUUGUGAAUACCCAGACGUAUUUUCCGAGGAUCUUACUAGUUUGCCACCCCACAGGGAGAUCGAGUUUACCAUUAACUUAGUGCCUAGAACAACAACAAUUUCCAUGGCGUCGUAUAGAUUUUCACCUGCGGAAUCACAUGAGUUGAAGACUCAACUCCAAGAGCUUUUAGACAAGGCGAUUCAACUUAGCGGCCUUCUUGCACUCCCCAAGGUGAUGUACAAGGGUUUCAUUCGCUCUAAUAGAUUUGAGGUUGGGGUACCAACAAUUGAGAGUCCGGGAGGAGGACAUCCAGAAAGCGGCCUUUCGUACGCGUAA